UUGCCGUAGAAGAACGUAUUGUCUUGGCAACUGCUCGCGUACUGCAGCCAGAUAAGGUCCAGCGCAGCAACCUCUAAAACAGCAUUCAACUUAGCGUUUCUUUUCAUUUUCUUCUCAUUUUAAUUGCUGUUUUUCUUUUAUUGUCAUGUAGUAAUGAAUGACUAAAAGUUGCUAAUGUUUGAGAGACGACGUCCUUUUCGGUGUUGUUAGCAAACCGUCCUCCGUAAUGGAUCAGUACAGCAUCCUCGGCAGGGUUGGGGAAGGAGCUCAUGGCAUUGUUUUCAAAGCCAGACACAUCGAAACCGGAGAGACCGUUGCUUUAAAAAAAGUGGCCUUGCGAAGACUUGAAGAUGGAAUUCCUAACCAGGCUCUCAGAGAAAUCAAAGCUCUGCAGGAGAUUGAAGAUAACCAAUAUGUGGUGAAACUAAAAGACGUCUUCCCCCACGGCACCGGCUUUGUGCUUGUGUUUGAGUACAUGUUGUCAGAUCUCUCAGAAGUCAUUAGAAAUUCUCAACGUCCUCUUACCGCGUCUCAGGUCAAAGGAUACAUGAUGAUGCUGCUAAAGGGAGUGGCCUUCUGCCACGAGAAUUCCAUUAUGCACAGGGACCUAAAGCCCGCAAACCUUCUAAUCAGCUCCACCGGUCAUCUUAAGAUUGCUGAUUUUGGCCUGGCAAGACUUUUCUCCAAUGAAGGGGAUCGUCUGUAUAGUCAUCAAGUGGCAACCAGAUGGUACAGAGCUCCAGAACUUCUGUAUGGUGCUCGAAAAUACGACGAAGGAGUUGAUCUCUGGGCAGUGGGCUGCAUUUUCGGGGAGCUGUUGAACAACUCUCCUCUUUUCCCCGGAGAGAAUGACAUUGAGCAGCUGUGCUGUGUGCUCCGAGUGCUGGGAACUCCUAACCAGAAAGUUUGGCCAGAAAUAACAGAACUACCAGACUACAAUAAGAUCACGUUUAAAGAAAACCCACCCAUUCCUUUGGAGGAGGUCGUGCCUGAUUCUUCACCUCAGGCUGUGGACCUACUAAAGAAGUUUCUUGUCUAUCCAUCCAAACAGCGGAUCAGUGCCAGACAGGCUUUGCUCCAUCCGUAUUUCUUCACAGACCCUCUCCCGGCUCAUCACUCAGAGCUGCCCAUCCCUCAACGCGGAGGAAAACCCUCUGGACAGCGCAUGCAACCCCCCAAUGAGUUCACUGUGGAUCGACCCUUACACGAGAGCUUGGUGGACCCUGCGCUGAUCCAAAGGCAUGUGUGGGGUUGUUUCUGAUUGCACAUAUGUACAGUUUUUGUUUACUUUACAAAAAAAUGAUACUUUAUAGUUUACUAUAUGCAUUAUACUGUAAUAGCUGUGAUUAAAUGAUGAAAUAUUAUGGCAUACUUUUGAACAGCUUUUUCAACUACGCACUUCAUUAGUUUAGUUAUUUAUUUCUACACAGUUACACAUGUUAGGUUCAAAGGAAUUGCCUGUUUGACUUGAUAAAGCAGUUUGACCCUUCGGUGAAACGAUUCUUUCUUUCUGCUGAACAAACUUUAACCUCAUCGGGUUAUGGAAGCUUGUUUUAACCGAUCAGGUUGUAUUCAGUUAGCAGAACGGGCUCAUACAAUUUUGUGCCAACAUUAUGUAAAACCAUCUGCUUUGUUUAACACUAAAUUGUGGCAGGUAUUUCAAACGAAAGAGAAUAUUAUUUUCCACAGUUACAGGUGAUAAGGCUUUUCUCUGGUAAAUAACUUCCUCCAUUCCUUUCUGAAAUGCAGAGAUAACUUUCACGAAACCAUUCGUGUGUAAACUCUGGGCCCUCGUUUGUCCUGUUAAUGUUUUAUAGCUGUUUUGAUUUGACUUGCACUACUAUACUUUACCAGUGUGAAUUAAACGAAUCUCUUCAAAUAACAGACAUGGAUCAUACACGUGAACUCUAUAACCACAGCAGUAAUGAUGUCGUGAAUGCAUUUGCAAGUUUUUGUUCUGCUAUACUUUACAUUCACUGAGCCGAAUGACAGCCCCGCCAGCACACUUGUUGAUUCAUCUCUCGAAUUUCCCUUAAAACUGAACGAACAAAAGAAGAGAAAACGGUAAGCUUUGAUUAACAAAUGACUUUGACGGUCGUGCUGUGUGUUGAUGUGCUCGGACUGUACAUUUUUAAGAUGACUGCUGCGUUUGUCUCUAUUUGCAUCACUGCAAUCGCUCAACUGUCCUCUUGUGUUACAUAUUAAACUACGCUUUGCAUUUUUUAUUGGCUGCAUUUUCCCUUUUGUUCCUUUUGUGGUUUGGCUUUUAUCAAAGACUUUAUUGUGCCGGUUAAAAUUCUCAGGUUUCUAGUAAGUUUAAGAACUUUAUUUCUUCACACUUCAUUUUUGUUUGGAAAUUGUCAUGUUGGUUCAGUCUAUAAUUGUGUUUGACUGUUCAUAGAAGAUCCAUUGGUGGAAUAUAUGAAUAUUGAUUGCAUAUGUCAGUGUUAAUGUUUGGGUGUUAGUUUUGGCUGCAGUGUUACAACUUUACAACCAUUGAAACUAUUUUAGCAGAUUUUAACAGAUCAUAUUUUUAAGACCUUAUUUGUAUUUUCUAAUUAAUUUGUUUUUUUGAGUGAAAACUUGUAUUUAUGUCAAGUGCAUGUAUAAUAUUUAGGGAUGCACCGAUACCAUUUUUUAAAUACCGAGUACGAGUACCGAUAUUUUUUCUGGUUCUCGCCGAUACCGAUGCCUGUACCUUUUCACAACACAGUGAGACCAAUAAAAAUGAAAUAACUUCUUAAUUACAAACAACUCCACCUUAAACACAUUAUGAAAAAUAAACAAUUUCAUGUGCUUUUCACAAACUUUCAAAGCAAAUUUCACAACAAAUUUCUGUCAGUUCUGUCACAUGACGUAUCGGUGUACGAGUACGAGUACAUGAGCUUGGUAUCGGUGCAUCCCUAAUAAUAUUUUAUUAGUUUAUAGUUUAGAUUUGAAAAUACUCUUACUUUAAAGUAUAUAAGAUACAUGUUAUAUUACUUUUCAGCUGGUUAUGAGUUUGUACGUUAAUUGUGUAACGUCGUUACCAAUGUGAGACACAUUUAAUUAUUGUUGUAUGUCUCCACAUAUAGCAGAAUGACAAUAA